GGAGGAUGAAGAGCUCUUGGGCGCAGGAGGAGGAAGGUCGGGAAGGGCCACUCCCGAGCCGGACGCUGAGUUCCACCAGCUGGCGGCCCUGGCGUCAUCCACCGCUUAUGCCCAGCCGAAUGGGGUAACCCAGAGGCGUGGAGUGGUGCAGGGAGACAGCACCGGAGGAGAGGAAGAUUUACCUUCCCCAGCCCCACAAAGGAUGGUGUUUCUGGAGGAGAGGAUGUCGGCGAUGGAGACCACCCUGGCAGUAAUGUCGAGGGCGAUGGAGCGCCUGGCGUUUUUGGCGGAGCCAGAGAGAGGAAGGGAACUUCGGGCUGGCUCAAUGUGGGACAUGAGCGUGGGAAGCAGCCAGGGCUUUGCAGACCUCCCAGCACCGAAGGGAAGGGAAAUGCGAAAGGAGCCUGGCGCCCGGCCCAAGACCCAAACAAGCCUGACGCGGGUGGAGGAGAGUGACGACGAAGGGGAAAAGCCUCCGAGAAUCCCGGCUACGCUCCCAGCUGAGACCCUAGUGCCCCUGGCGAAUGCCGGGCGUGGCACAGGGCCAAGAGAAACAGCAGCGGGGCCCACUGGUCCGCAAGGGGGCUUGCGACGGGCGGAGGAUUGGGGAUUGCCACCACAGGGACCCCUACCGAGACGAGAGGAACUAAGGAUCGAGUUUGGGGGAGAGUCCUCUGAACUGGAUUUUUUCCUUACCACGGUGAGGGGCUAUAUGGAGGACAAUGCUCACACUUUUAGAACGGAAUCCAGCCGGAUCCGGGGCAUUGGUGCAGUGUUGAAGAGGGGAGCGGCUAGCUGGUACGUUCAGCUGCACGCGCGGCGCGACCCAUGUCUGGGGUCAGUCCGACGCUUUAUGGGGGCCCUGGAGACCCGUUUCCGAGAUCCAUUGGAGCAGAUCCGGGCGAGGGAGAAGUUGAAGACCGUCUCCCAGGGGCAGAGGUCGGUAUCUGAGUAUGCGGAGGAAUUCCAAUGCCUCGCCGAAAAGGUGCCGGAAUGGUCUGCAGUGACAAAGAUGGAACUCUUCAAAGAGGGGCUCAGGCGGGAGAUCCUCUCCUGGGCUGUGCACCGUGAUGAGCCUGACACACUGCGCGGAUGGAUUCAGCUGGCGGGGCGCGUCGAGACAUCGCUGGCCCAGGCGAGGAGGCACCGAGGAGGGCUACAGCAACGGCCGCAGAUAAAAGAGGGGAGCCGGAAGGAGGGAUCAGCCCCAGCCGGGAGGAGAGCGGAGCCGACAGGGAACGUGAGCGCCAGCAGGAGUGGCUGCUUCGUGUGCGGCCGGUUGGGCCACAGGGCUGCCGAGUGCUGGCAGAGAAAAGGGGAAGGCGGAGGCCCGCCCAAACCAAGAGCCGUGGCAGGAAAACGCGCCGAGGAAGAACCACCGAUGAGGCACCAUUCGGGGGGGUUGGACGAAGGGGAGGAGGACGCCAUGUCAGAACCCUGCUACUAGAGCCUGGAUGUGGCUCUGAGUUUCAGGGUCACUGACAUUGAUAAGACACCUGCGUCUCAGGACUCGGAGAAGAAACGGCUGCUGGACUUGGCGGGGAAUCUGCGCGGGGUUUUGCUGAGCGGGAAGAGACUUUUCAAAUGAGGGGGAGGGUAUAUAAAGGAUGGUUGGCCGGAGACUCCCAUUCUUGGCUUUUCUGAUGUUUAUGUUUCCUGCAGUAAAGUUUCUGGUGAUAUCACAGAGAGUCUCGUGUGUUCAUUCAGGAGCGGCUGUAGUGAGCUGACACAUACAGUCGCUUCUGACUCUUUGUGACCUCAUGGACUAGCCCAUGCCAGAGCUCCAUCGACACCCCUAGCUCCUUCAAAGUCAAGCCAGUCACUUCAAGGAUACCAUCAUCUAUCUUGCCCUUGCUUGGCCCCUCUUUCUUUUUCCUUCAGUUUUCCCCAGCAUCAUUCUCUUCUCCAAGCUUUCCUGUCUUCUCAUUAUAUGGCCAAAGUACUUCAUCUUGGCCUCUAAUAUCCUUCCCUCCAGUGAGCAGUCAGUAUUAUUUCCUGGAGGAUGGACUGGUUGGGUCUUCUUGCGGUCCAAGGGACUCUCAGAAUUUUCCUUCAACACCACAGUCCAGAAGCGUCUAUCUUCCUUCGCUCAGCCUUCCUUAUGGUCCAGCUUUCACAUCCAUAGUUAAUACGAGGAAAACCAUUGCUUUAACUAUGCAGACCUUCGUUGCCAGUGGAAUUUGGCCUUCACUAUUUUAUUGAGAUUGGACAUUGCUCUCCU